UCAAAGCGUUUUGCUCUAGUAUCGCUCCAAACAUUGUCGUCGGUUUUCCGCUAAUGUUGAGGAAGUGUCGCCGGUUUUCGUAUCGAGGAAACAACAAAGUGGCAAAAGCAAUUUUGUGAAACAUACUUAUUCGGAUUUACCCUAGGUUGAUUGUGUUAGAGUCGUACUUGCUCGAUUUGAGUACUGAUUCGUCUCCCGCAUUUGGUCUCGUUUGUGUCUGAUUUCACUUUCGAGCGCCCUGUUGUUGUUGGCAUCUUGUACUAGCUACAUACAAUUAGUACACAAGAGUCGUCCUCGUUUUGUUUUCGAGUUGUUCUCGCGUCUUUUUCGUUUCUGUUUUCGUUUUGAUAUGAAUUUUUUUCAAAUAAUGCCAACCACAAAUAUUAUAAAUCGGCGUCUCUUCAAACAAUCACUCUCGCUCACUGUAAGGAAAUUCAAUCAUGAUCUUAUGAACUGCAUUUUCAUCUGAAAAUAGGGAAGGACGCAAGGGCUUGAAGGAAAGGAUGAGAGUUGAUCACAUGUCGUCAUUGGUUCUCAGUUGGGAUUUGACGGCUCGAUGAUCCAAGCCCUAUUGUCCGAGAGCCUGCCUGGGCCCAUUACGCUGGUACUCAUUUUUUCCAAUAACGUAAAUGCCUUGUUUUUGUUUUUCCGUUAUCCCUAUAAGCUUUAACAAGAAACAUUUACAUACUAUUUUAUAUUGAUUGCUGCCUUAUGCUCAUCCUUGUCGCACCUUGUUAAAAAUCUAGUUUGAUACCAGAGGUUCGCCUUGAAUGCUUAUGGCGAGUCAAUGGUCACAUUUACAGGCGGCUGCUCAGCAGGAGGAUGCAUGGUGCCUGGCGCGAGACCAUGGAGUGGUCUAGUUUCCUGGUUUCGGGCACAGAUGAUGGUUUGCUCAGCUUUGUGCUGCGACAAUCGGGAGCUUCCUACAACGAGGGAGGACCGUAUGAGCAUCUGAGGCAUAACGGUAGAAAUCAUCAUGGUGGAAAGAUCUUGUCUAAUUAUAUCCACCACCUUCCACAUGUGUUUUUCGAUUUUUACCUUCAGAUCGAUUUUUAGUCUACAAGAUAGUACGGGGAAAUAAUAGAAGUUGUACAGGAGCAUUGACAAACUACCGCAUGCGUUUCUACUUACGUAUCGUAAGUAUAACUGGAACAAUCGCUACAUGAAUUAAUUGACAACAACUACAGACGGUCAAGUCGCAUGCUUCGGAUGCUCUGAUUGUCUGGGGGACGUGCUGGAUGUGGUUGCGGAUCACUGUCGAAGUCGCAUUUUUUUCUCAAGGGAUCCUGUUGAGGUUGCACUUUUUUCUGAGACUGGUGAGUUUGUUAAGGCUGGUCGAUCACUCUGUCUAGUGUAGUGGCUUAGUAAGUACUAUCCGGCGUACCUCUAGAGGUUAUUUCUCUUUGAAAAAAAGUCAAGCGACUUUGAACAAAAGAAAAGCACUCAACGAAAUAGAUAUAUUUGUAGUUGACUGGCCUUAAGCUUGCACAUGGGACUCCGUUGGACGGCGGUGUAGAGGUAUUUCGACGUGCGACAUUCCUUCGAGUCGAAGCACCAACACGCCAGCUCAACAUGGCAGUGCACGUUGUCCCAGAACCACCACCACCCAGUACUACAAAAAGUUCGACUCGGGAAUUUAUUGUUCUUCCCAAGUUGUAGACUUUAUGUUGUAAUCCUGAACCAACAGCAAGAAGUUCCAGUGCCCCUAACAGCUUUUCGAGAAAAUGAUGAUCAUGAUAAGCACCGAACUGUUUAUUUUUGUGGCGCUGUCCUUCGUGGAGAACAUCAUUGAAGAUAUGUUGAACACACGCUAAUUAGGUCAAUUUGUCGAUGGGUAUCCAGCGGAGGAGUCGGAUGGAGCGGUGGAAUUCGGAGGACCGAAGAUUGGAGCUUAUCAGCAAGUGGCUGUUGCCCAGGAACAAAAACCUUAUCACCAUCAGUUUGGUGGACCUUUACUAGACUCGGCACGAGGUAGGGUUCCUCCAUUAAGGCUUAUUCCCCUGUACUAAGUAGUCUUCCGUUUUGAUUGGAAAGCAUCUUCAAGUUUUCUCAAAGAAGGAAAGCAGGAUAGUCAAAGUGUUCCCGUCAAAACGGGAGAUGAUGUUGGUGAACGCUAAUUCCAGGUAUGAACGGAGGAGUUCCGCAAAGGUACGAGCAGUAUAACUUCGAAGCUACGCCGGACACCGGAGUGCCUAUAGAAACACCACCGGGAGGGAAGGGGCAGCAACAGCACAUUAUGGAUCAGGGCGGCAGCAGUAGUUCUUCUUCUUAUGUGCACCAUCCGACACCGCAGGAGUACGGCAUGUCGGGAGGAGCGGGAGGUGGUUUUAGUCAACACCUACCGCCUCUACCAGCGGGUCCUCACGUUUCUGCGAUGUCCAUGAUGUCGGGAAUGCAAACCGUAGUCUUCUAUUUUACCAUUCUUUAG